CGGGGCAGGACAGAGGAAGCAAUGCCGCUGCAGACGGAGAUACUGCGUGAGGUCUGGGCUGCAGACAGUCCCAGUGAGGAGCCGGGAAGUCCCCAGCAGCAGAAGCCCAAACAGCACCAUCUGUGGGGGCAGAAGCUGAAGAAGAAGAGGCAGGAACCUGGACUGGAGCCUGAGGCCAAGCCAAGGCGGCUGCGAGUGAAGAAGCCGGGUGAGGCAGGGGCUGUCGAGGAGCCACAUGCCCCAGCACAGGGGGUGAAGAAGCUGAGGAAGAAGAAGGAGGAGAAGGGAGAGGAGGAGAGCGACAAGGACCCCUAUUCCAAAUUCACCAGGGAGCCUCGGAAGAAGAAGGAAAGCCCAGCGCCUCGCUCCCAUGUGUCCAAGGGCCCCAGGAAGCAGCAAGAGCUGGCCGAGGAUGAGGAGGAAGAGGAGGUGGAGAAUAAAGACCCGCCAAAAAAGCUCAAAAAGAAGCUUCCUAAAGACCCUUCCUCAGGAGACAGCCGGGAGAAGAAGCUGAAGCCGAAGGGAGACAAGAGUGACCCUGACAGCAAAGCCAAAUCUGCCAAAAGCACCAAGAAGGAGCAAAUGUCCAUGUUUCAGGUGAAGAAGGAGAAGAAAACCAAGAAGAAAGCCACCACCAGCAGUGAUGAGGAGGAUGAUUCCGACUCCAGCACCAAACCUAUCAGGUCAGAGAAGAAGAAAAACCCAGCAUCCCUCUUCCAGACUGGUGGGGAUCCCCCCAAGGAGAAAAAAUCCAAAAAGAAAGUUCCUCCCAAAGGGACUGAGAGUGAGGAGGAGACCCUGGAAACCCUGCAGAAAAACUCCAACAAGAAGGGGAAAACAAAGAAAUCAAAGAAGCAGCUGAAGGAGGAGAGGCCCCCAUCACCUGUCAUUGAGGUCGACAACCUGGAGGAGUUCGUGCUGCAGCCGGCACCGCAGGGGGUGACUAUCAAGUGCCGGGUGACACGGGACAAGAAGGGGAUGGACCGGGGACUUUACCCCACCUAUUACCUUCAUUUGGAUAAUGACAAGAAGGUGUUCCUCCUUGCUGGGAGGAAGCGUAAGAAGAGCAAAACCUCCAACUACCUCAUCUCCAUCGACCCCACUGACCUGUCACGGGGAGGAGAGAACUUCAUCGGGAAGCUGAGAUCCAACCUGAUGGGUACGAGGUUCACAGUGUUCGACAAUGGUGCAAACCCCGACAGAGCCAAUGCUGACUGGUCCAAUGUGCGGCAGGAGCUUUCGGCCGUGGUCUAUGAGACCAAUGUUUUAGGCUUCAAAGGUCCCCGGAAGAUGACAGUCAUCAUCCCUGGGAUGAAUGCUGACGGUGAGAGGGUGCCCAUCCGUCCCCGAAAUGAUAACGACGGCCUCCUGAUGCGAUGGCAGAACAGAAACAUGGACAAUGUAAUUGAGCUGCACAACAAGGCACCAGUGUGGAACGAUGAGACUCAAUCCUAUGUCCUCAACUUCCAUGGCCGGGUCACCCAUGCCUCUGUCAAAAAUUUUCAGAUUGUUCAUGGCAGCGACCCCGACUACAUCGUGAUGCAGUUUGGGCGUGUGGCGGAUGAUGCCUUCACCAUGGACUACAACUACCCUCUCUGUGCUGUGCAGGCCUUUGCCAUCGCCCUCUCCAGCUUUGAUGGGAAGCUGGCCUGCGAGUAGCACCUGCACUGGGCCUGCCGGGACCACUGGGACCACCUGCCAGUGCCUGGCAGAUGCUCCUGCAUCCCUGUCCUGUUCCUUUCCCUGCAUUUCCACCUUCUGUCCAGUGCGUGCUCACAGUUGCUCCUGGGGUGGUUCACAGAGCACGGUGCUUGCCAAGCACCAUGGGAUGCUCAUCCAGCCGCAGCCACCCUCUCUGGGCAAAUUCAGGACAGAUCGCUGGUCUGGGGUGAUGGCAGAGUCAAGCCUGAGGUAUAUUUAGCAGAUGAGGCUGACUAUGAUCCCUACCUCAUCCCUUUGAGAUGUUUCUUGGACUCAGAUCCUGGAAACUCAUCCCCUCCUUUUAUUUUUUUAGAUUCUGAUUUGUAUUUUUAUGCUCAGUUCCCCAGUGAGAGGAGGUAGGUGGUCUCCUUGCUUUGUGUUUCUUCAUCCCUCUGUGAGUCUGCACCGAGGCCCCGUGUAGGUGGGCUCUGCCCAAGUUCCCAGCUAGAGACCCCCAUCCUGGCUCGAUGCCCACUGGGCACAAAGCCCCUGUUUUGCCCCAUUUUGUCCUGGUGUGAGUGGAUACCCAGUGCCCAUGGUAUCUUUUCACCUGCCAGGUCUCACCCUGCUGCCCAGAAACUGUUGGGGAUUAAGGUCCCUGAGAAGCAGCCCGGCACUCAGAGCACUGGCAGCCUGUAGGCACGUGCUGAGGAAUGGUGGUGCCAACGGAGGAGGGCUGGCAGCCACGUGAGGCAGAGUUGGCAUUGUUGGCAGGGGGCCCAGCUGGGUCAGUUCUUCAGGAGGGACCUGGAAGAGAAAACUGAGGGUGCACCAGGAAGCAAUGGAGUGACUCAUGAGGUGUGGUGUGGUGCUGAGUCACACUCAGCACCCAGACAGGCCCUGCCAAACCCCCUGUGCCUCUUCCACUCACUGCCCCUACACUCUGCAACAUCCCUCCAGACCCCACACAUCGCAGGUGUCCCCACUGGUGCUCCUUGUUCAUGGGAAGGUGGUGGCCAGAAGGUGCCACCCCCUGUCUCAGACUGGUGGGGUGUCAUGGGGAGCUACGGGGAGACAGGGGGAAGGGGAGAUGCUGGAGAGGGGUUAGCUCAAUGGGAGCAGAUCAGCCCAUGCUCCUCUUUCCAGUACAAUCCCACCUUUAUGGAGUGAGGAUUUGGCUUCAAAGACAGUCCCCAACCUGAUUAAUUCAGUGGUAAGAAACACGGGGACAUGCCAAGGUCCCCUGAAACACCAUCCUCAGCUGCCUGAGUUGUUUCUCUUACCAGCUCAGCUAAUGCACUGACCCCAGGACAAUUUGGGCUUUGUUUCCCAGGACACAUAUAGGUUGUUCCCCCAUUCUGGAGGUGAUCUGAGCCCCUCAAGUUAAUGCAUCUGAGAGGUAGCUGGAGCAGUUGGGCUGAGGAGUAGUAGAUGGAUGAGACAGAUGCAGUUAUGCAAGAGGGAUGCUCAUCCUCACUGGGCAGUGUUGCAACACCAACAUGGCCCAAACUCGUCUCUCUGUGGAGCUAAGGACAGAUGACAGUGACAGUGGAAGUAUGAACUGCUGCUGGACUGCUACUGAACAUCUUGCCCCAGUAGCUUUGCAGAUGACAGUGGAGAUUUUCCCACCAGCUGCAUUAAUCUGGGCUCCAUGAUUCAUCAGCAGACACUCAUGGCAAGGGCCAAGGGAGGUGGACAGCUUGGGGGACAACAGGCUGGCAUGGGACAUUGUCCAUUACCCAUGCAGUGAAAUCAGAGAUCGUCUUGUGAGCUAAAGGGAGAAUCAGCCACAGCAGUUCAGGGCCAGCAUGCCCCAUGAGGUAUGGCCAGCAAAUGCGGGGAAAGCAAGAGCUUUCUGCCCAAAUCUAGCCAUGAACCCAACAUCUGUUUGAAACUAGGACAAGCUCAGCUGAUGGUUGAGCCAACACUUGUCCCUGUUUCCUCCAGUAGAGGCAGAAAAGAAGCAGCAGAGUGAGAGAGAGGGGUUUGGGCUCCCCAGGUUCUGGCUGGAGCACAAGCUGCUGCUAUCCCAGCUGCUCCCCAGGAUGAUUCUCCCUCCCCUCAUCCAAAAAGUCUCCAUUUUGCCCGUUGUUGCUUGCAAAUCCCUCAGGUUUCCUGUAGCCUAAGCAGAGUAAAAUAUCUGCCUAGGCUAUCCAACACAAUGUCACCCCAUCUCAGAGCUGUCACUGCAUCAGUUGCCCACCCCAAAUCCCUUACACAAACCCUCUAAUGCAAACCAACUGCAGCACAAGAAACAAAUGAAAACAAUUUAAGAGGGCGAUGGAUAUUCGGGCCCUUUGUUUGCGCUGGCUGUUAACACCAGAGGAGAGGAGGGAUGGAAGCAGUUGAAAUGUGUAUCUACUUUGGCCGGCGGAAAGUGUGACGGAUGCACCAGAAAACCAAUGGCUGAGGGUGCUGGGGUGUGCGUGGGUGUGAAAGGAAUUCUCUCUGCAAGAAAAGAGGGAAAAAAAAAGAGGAAAGCCUUUAUCAAUAGUGUUUGAGCCCAAAGUGUGUGUCUUCCUUGGAGAUAGGGUUUUGUCAAUCCCCAGGGAUAAUAUUUUCCCUGCAGUGUGAGACUUUGAGGUUUCUGAAGCUUCAUUUUUAGGGUGCUGGUGUUAGGCUGGUGCUACAGGGAUGUAUUUUUAACCCCAGAAAGCGCUGGUGCAAGGGCACAAGCAUGGCCAGGGGCGACUGUCAUCAGCUCCUCAAGAGAACCUCCUAGGAAAUGCAUUUUAUUUUUGCAGAGAUGCUUAUAAGGCAAAGGGAAGGAAAAAAAUAAGGCCCUACUUCAAUGCUGAGCACGUGUCCCAAUUAGGACCAGUGUUGCUGUGGUGUCAUUGACUCUCUCAGGCAGUGGUUGCUGGCAUCCCCAUCCCAUGUUCAUGAGUGGAAAGAUGCUCAACUAGAGCUCAUCAGGAAGAUGGAUGUGGGAGGUUCUUCUCCAGUCACUUGCUACUCCCCUUUCCCCAGACCUCUGGGGCUCAGUGGGCUCCAUAUACCCAGCCCUGAGCAAAGGCUUAACCCCUGCACUCUUUGGGGGCCUGACAGAUAUUUUCCAUAAGGCAAAUGUCCAAUAGGGCAGGCAACUGAAAAAGGAAAGGGUUGGUGCAUCUCAGCAGGUGUGGGAGCGGAGGCCAGCACUGGGAAACUCCUUGUCCAGCAAUGGAAGGGCUGGAGCUGUUUGGUUCCCAGCAACUUCCCUAGCAAAGAACAGUGUCUGAACCCUGGGGGCUUUCCAGCUUUGAAGUGGUGAUACAUUAAUUAAUUAAAGAAGUGAUUGUGAUGAGGUAUUUUUCUCUUCUCUAUCCUUCCCCUCCCCUUAUAUUUCUUUUGGUGGUAUUUUUUUAGAGGGAAAGGCAGACUUAUUGCUGGUAAGCUGGGCUGUGGCUUUGCAGGAUAGGCUCCUUCUUGGUGCAGCAAGCAACAGGCAGCCAUGGGAAAGCCAAUAUUUUUCAACUGCUUUUUAAAAGGAGUAAUUUUUUAAUUAGUGAAUCUAUUCUAGAGAAGUGUUGGAGUUUUACAAUGUUGUAGCUGUUCUUGGUGUCUUGCCUAGACUUGGAUGUUCUGGCCAUAAGAAAAUAUUAUUUAUGGCAUUGCAGCUUGCAGCUCUUUUAUAUUAUAAUUUGGGAAAGGAAGUUGCUGUUCCCACCAGUGGACAAAAAAAAAAGCAGAAACAUGGAUUAUGGACUUCUGAAGGAGAGAGAAAAAAAGAAGCAGAACAGACACAAACCACUGAGCUGGUCUCAAAUCACUGCACUCCAAAACAAGCUCAUCCCAGCACCACUAGCAGUUGCAUUGGACACUGAAGUGAGACCCCUGCCUGCUCGGCAGGCCCAGAGCAGCAGUGACUGCCUUGGUACUCCCCUGCGCAGCAUUACAUGUGUUUCUAAACAUUUGCAGAUCAGGCUUUUAUUCAUGGGCUAAUGCACACUUGUUUGCUCGUGCCUUACUCAGCCUAAACUACUAUUGAACUCAAUUAAGGCUGUCAUCUGCAGGAGCACUCAAUGUCAUUUUUGCCCAAGUAAGGGAUGAGUAACGAGACUCCGAACAGCCCUUGGAGAAUAGCAGCCAUUUUGUUACAGUUUUUGGUCCAGAUUUCUUACAAGUUAACACCAGGCCAAGGGUGGAAGAAUGCGAUAUGGCUUUAUGAAUCACACACAAUUGCUGAAUGUGCUGGAUGCUGUCACUUCAUGGGCUGAAGAGUUGGCUUGUCCCAAAAUGCCUGAAUACAACCAAACUCAUCAUGAAAAUUGGAAAAAUAUGUUUCUAGAAGGGAUGGGAUGCAAAGAGCAUCCCUUCUCCAAGCGAGGCCAAUGGGAGUAGUCCUCUCUGUGAGUUUUGGGUACCACAGCAAAGAUCUGUGCUGCACAUCUUCAUCUGGCAGGACCAGAGGUUUUGCCCCUACUGGGGCUGUGGCUCCUGACAGUGGGGCUGGGCCAGGGACUCUUAUGCCAUCAGCUGGCUGUGGCUUAGCAUGUUUCCAUCCAUCAGCUCACUCAGAGGAAAUGACCAUGGCUUUGUUAUAAAUUGGUAUAAGAAUUUAGACAAUUCCAAUUAAACAUUGAUAUAUUUAUUAAGCAAGCAAUAAUAAAGCAAAAAACAGCAUUGGGUGGUCUGGGGAGUCAGUCUUCUCUCUGCCCAAGACACACAUCAAAAUGUAGUAAAUGUCCCUUUUUAUACACUUUCAAGUCCCAGGUUUUGAAUGCAAAUGCGUUGUAGCUGUGAGUUCCUGGCUUGUUGCUAGGUGGUUAUCUGCCUUCUGGAGUUUGUCAGGGAUGAAAGCUGUAGUUCUUAUCUGUUGUAAAUUCUACCGAUACUGACACUUGUUUGUUUAGCAAGAUGUCUGUAAAACUUAUCUUGUUGAAUUAUAACAAAAGUUUCUUAUUCCCUAAUACACGUAAGAUUUUAUGAACAAAGUUAACCCUUCUAUUACAGCUUGGCUCCUGGAUGAAUUCCCUUGGGAAAUUACAACAGUGUGGGCUGAGAUCCCCCUUCUGGGCACCAUGGGGUGGGUGUCUGGGAGAGAUGGGGAAUCUGCAGUCUGGUGGGAUGU